UUCCCUUCUUCCUCUGCGUUUGACCAGAAAGAUUCUUUAAUUCUUCAAUCCCGAUCAACCCUAAACCCUAAUCUUCGUGGUUUGUAAACCGUAGGGAACACUUAGAUGGAUAACAACAAUUGGAGGCCUUCCGGAGACCAACGGAGACAACUGUAUCAAUCCCAAAGAACCCUCCCGGAGAUGCCAUCAUGUAUAGGUUCUGAUACUUUAUGAUCUGAUGCUGAACAAAAACCUUUUGUUUAUUAAUUGUAACAUCGCUAGACUCCACGGCACAGACGGAAUGUGGAAAUGCGGUUGAUUGGCAAGAGGAGGUUUUCCAAAAGGUAGUUUUCUUUUUUUUUCUAAUUUGGGUAAUGCUUCCGCCUUCUUAGUCUCGCUGUCCAUUCUGCUUACGCUUAUUAAAUCUCGAAGAGAUAGAUGCAACACGACAGGCUAUCUUUUGUUGCGGACUACUCUGCAAGCCUCGGUUCAUUCGGUAUGGAGGGAGAGAAAUGAUCGACGUCAUGGGGCCACGCCUAUGAAUCCCACCUUGUUAGUUAAGAUGAUUGACAGGCAAAUUCGUAACUGGUGUCUGACAGUAACAGCUACGGGCCACAACAAGUACGAAGCUUUGUUGCAAUGCUGGUUUGCUUCAAGGGAGUAAGCUAUGGUUUUCAAUCAUUUUGAUCUUUCUGAGUUUUCAUGUAAGAGUCAGUAAGACCUAAACAGCCACACUUGAUGUACAAAAAUUAAACUAUACAAGCAGCGUACUUACCAGAUCUUGUCGAAAUCUAUCGGAGAGCUGCAGCCAAGGUGCAGCAAGUAAGUCUUUUUCUAAGAGAGUUGUACCUGCGAGAAUUUCUAUGCAAGACCAUUGCAAAAGAAAGUCAUACAACUUUUUGGAAACCAUUCUACCAAAAGAUGCUUUUGAGGCUCGUAUUUUUACUGUCCAGUAGAAAGUAAACUGUCGGAUGUUUAUUUUGCUUCCCAAACCGACAAAGAUGGACUCUGUUCCGCAGCAACGAAGAUCAGAGCAGUUUGAGAAAUUGAAACAAUUCAAGGCAGCGGUGGAGCGAAUGAUACAAUUCCUUUCGGUGUCAAAGAGCAAUAUCAUACCUGCAUUAAAGGAUAAGGUGGCUAUUUAUGAGAAACAGAUUAUAGAUUUGGUAAAUAUGCUAAGGCCGAGGAAUCCAGUACAGCAAGGGCAGCUUCCGGAAUCUCAGAUGCAGCCUAUCCAGCGACAAUCAUCUCGUGGUAUGUUUUCUUCUCAAGGCCAACAGUCACAAAAUCAGCCAUCCCAGCAGCAGAUGAUGCCCCUUCAGUCGCACCGUCAGCACUUACGUUUGCAAGAACAAUCUAAUCUGCUACAGCAGGACGUGCAACAAAGGCUACAGUUUUCAGGCCAAGUCACAGGUUCCCUGCUUCCACCUCAAAAUGUAGGGGACCAACGGAGACAACUAUAUCAAACCCUUCCAGAGAUUCCCUCAGCAUUUUUAGACUCCAUGGCACAGACGGAAAGUGGUUAUGGGGUUGAUUGGCAAGAAGAGAUUUUCCAAAAGAUCAAAACUUUGAAAGAUGCGUACUUCUCAGAUCUUACAGAAAUCGACCAGGGAGUUGGAGCCAAGUUGCAGCAAUAUUCUCUUCCGCAGCAACAAAGAUCAGAGGAGUUUGAGAAAUUGAAACGAGUCAAGACAAUGUUGGAGCGAAUGAUACAUAUCAUAUCGGUUUCAAAGAGCAAUAUCAUGCCUGCAUUAAAGGAAAAGGUGGCUUUUUAUGAGAAGCAGAUUAUACUUUUCGUAAAUGUGUACAAGGGGAGUAAGCCAGUACAGCAAGAGCAGCUUCCGGAAUCUCAGAUGCAGCCUAUGCAGCAACAAUCAUCUCCGCACGGUAAUCUUGCCAUAAACAGAGGUGACUGGAGAGCUCUACAUCCACCAGCUUCACGCCAGAAGAAUGUCAACACGCUAUUGGAAACACUGAAGAAACAUGUUCCAUAUUCUGGGGAAGAAGGAAUCGAAGAGCUCAUGAGAAUUGCUGUCAGCUUCGAGGAGUUAAUUUUCAACACCGCAAAAAAUCAGAUGGACUACUUUUGCAAAAUAUCCUUGAAGAUGCAGAGUAUGGAAGAGGGAAGCUAAGCGAAAUAAGAGGGGGAAGGCAAGUUUGCAUGUACAGAUUUGUAUAUAAAAAAGCAACCUGCAAGAGUUUAAAAGGAAAGGCAUGAAUAAACAUGUUAAGUGUAUUACCUUUGAAGUGGUUUCUUGUUUCUUAGUAUCGGUAGCAAUGGGAAAAAACCUUUCUUUU